UCUAAAAAUUUUCUCAAUCAAAACAACAGCUGAACUCAUGAACCUGAAAACACUGAACCACUCUCCUUUGAUAUCUGCCUCCCUCCAUUGGUUGUACAGCUCCAGAAAGGACACGAUGGCAGGUGCCUACAACUGGCUGUCUGGCACUGCAUUAAAUGCACCUCCUCCACUCACUCACUCACACAACACUGCCUCCUCCUCCAUCAAGGAAGGAGUACAUACAGAAUACAGAUCCAGAGCCAGAGAGAAGAGAGAGACUAGAUGAGAUGAGACCCUGAGUGAGAGAGAAGAAGCAAAGGAGGAAGAAAAGAUCUCUCAGCCUCCUCCACAAUGCCAUCAUCAACCAAGCUUUUCUUGCUCCUCCCAUCACUGCUGCUGCUGCUGCUCCUCCUCCUGGGUAAGCAUGGAGUCCACUGCCUGAAGAGCCUGGAGAUGGACAUGGGGAUGAAGAUGGAGUUUGAGAUGGAUUCAGAGGCUCACACCAGGAUGCUGUGGGAGGCAAGAAGCAGCAGCAGCAGCAGCAGCAACAGGAGGUACAUCAGCUAUGAUGCACUGAGGAGUGAUGUGGUGCCAUGCUCAAGGCAAGGUGUGCCCUACUACAACUGCAGGAUCACGACCACUGCCAACCCUUACACCAGGGGCUGUGAGAGCAUCACCAGGUGCAGGGAUGUAGAUCCAUGAUAGCCUCCUGCUGCUGCUGGUUGCUGGAUCAGCUGGCCAUGAGUGGAAGGAGUGGCUGGCUUGGCUACCUGAGAUGCAAAUCUUGUUUUUUUUUUCCCUCUUCUCUUCUGUUCUUUCUUCUUUCUGUUUUGCACUUGGUGAAUCAGUAGGUGAUUCAUGGAUGAUUUUUACAUGUUCAAGAUGUCUCCUUAAAUUAUUUUUAUGUUUUCUUCUUCUGCUGCUUCUUCACCUUGCUCUUAUGCUUAGGUGAAUACUAUCUGGCAUGUAUAUGUAAGAUUUGGUUGCAAGCUAUAUAUUAUAAGGAAGCUUGGAUCAGGAGAGGGGUGUGUGUGUGCUUGAAAUUGUCAGCAUUGCUAAGAUUUAAUUGCUGAACGAUGCUUUGAGUUGACAUGAAAAAUGAACUCCUUUUCUUCCUUGUACUUACUAUAAGUUGGUAGGCAAUUGAGCACAUUGAAUCCACUCAG